AUGGCGCCCACCCGGCCGCCGCCAUCAUCGGCUUCGUUUCCGCCCCCGCCUGCGUUCUCAUCUCCCCCUCCUCGACCGUCGGUCCCCCCGCCUCCCCCUCCUUCCUCGUCGCACGCCACCCUCCCGACUGCGGCGACCUCGAUCGCGUCGUCGCUUGCCGCCGAACCAAACGACCCGACCCCUGCGGCUGGCCCGUCAAACCAACCUUCCGGCCCACGCACCGCCUUCCGCCGCUCUUGGCGCCGCCCCAGCUCCAACAACGCCGCUACCGCCAGCAAGGCCCGCGCCGACGCCAACAGCAGCGGGCCAGCACCAACGAAGGCAACCGCCUUCACCCGAGCCUCGAGCCCUACGCCGCCACCUCCAGAGUCCGGCCAGAGGGCGCGGAGAUCCGGCUCAUCCCGGAUCGGCAAGAGCUUCGAGGACGCCCUCGCCUCCAACCACACCUACGUUCUGCAGGGCAGCGCGGAUCCCCUGCCAAAGGCGGCAGACCACGAUCGAGACGACGAGCGCAGCGUCAGUGACGACAAGCACGUCACCGACGACGCAGACGAAGACGGCGAAGAAGCACAACGAGACCAAGGCUUUGCGCCGCCGAAGCCAUCGCAGACCGACGCAGCAACUAGCAUCGCAGAUCCUACGGCGCCUUCGGAUGCUUCGCUCCAGGCUCUGACCGAGGAGGCUGUACCGAGCGUCGUGCCUUCCGAGCCCGGACCUGGCCAACUCGACCCAGGGAUCGGCCGUUGCGAGGACGAGCCGAGCGAGAGCAUGCUCGCACUCCCGGCCACGCACCACCACCAGCGCCUCGACAACCGCCGCAACAUUUCCGCUCCGAUUGCCUCGGACCCAGCAGAUCACAGUCACGGGACGACCGAUCCAGGCCACGGAGCAAGCGCAUCGCGCGCCUCGUCUACAUCUAACGAGUCGGAGCUGCACGUCAAGCCUCAAGGUCGCGGGGCUCCUCGGCGGCCCUCCGUCCAGGCCAAGGCCGCCGACACCGCUGCUGCAGACGGAUCCAUGCCAUCGUCUCGCAAGCCGUCCGACGGCAGCGCGCGGCAGGUCUCGGCUUCUCCGGGGUCGCGUAGCAAGAGUCAGGGCCCGUCCGACGACCGUCGGCAGGUGCCUCCGGCGGAGCGAUCCGCGCUCGCCGUGCCGUCCUCGUCAUCCCGUGCCGAAAGUUUCAGUCUGGCCGACGAGGUGGCCAUGAACAGCCCUAAGAUUGAAGAGCAGCCGGAGCCCAUCAUGCUGAGCUCCCACGGCGGCGGCGGCGGCGGCGGCGGCGGUACUUUUAGGGAGCGCAUGAAGAAGACGAGCAGCUUCCUGCGCAAGCUGCGCGGCGACGGCGCCAGCAGCGGCAGCGACAAAAAGGGGCGCAAAGCGACCACCCACGCUCACAGCGCACUCAGCCUUCACGCCAAGCCGUCGCAGAGCACCGACACCAUCUCGCGCAAGGAAAGCCACGCGAGCCUUGCCAGCGAGGGAGCCUCGAGCAUGGCAUACAGCAACCACAGCCUCUCGAGCGGCCCGACGCUGCGAUCCAACGGCCAGUUUAGCCCGAGCGACGAGGUGCCCGUGCCCUCGAUCCCGUCAAGGUACGCCAAGGACGCCUCUGUAUCCACAUCGAUCAGCGACAUCCAACGGUCACCCCACGCGGGUCCGGAGACGCCAGCAAUGCUCGCAAGGCCGGCGGGCGUCAGCAAGGACAAAGCGGCGCUAGCGUCCGACGUCGGCGCGCGCGGACUCGUCGCGGGAAAACCUGUCUUGCCCCAGCGAUCCUCGUCGCAGACCCAUGCUCGGCUUCCGCGUCGUUCGGACGCAUCCUCUGGCGAUGUGCGCAUCGUCAUCCGCGAGUGGGAGACUGCCAUGGACGCCGCGCUCAAGGACGCCGCCUGCGACCUCGAAAAGAAGACCAAGUUCACGCCAAAGGCCGCCUGGGGACCGAGCCCGACACUGCCGGCGCUGGACCUCUCGCGCUACCGGGAACGCUCCGGCAGCUUUAUGGAGGAGGGCGACGUCGAGGAAAGGACGCGCCUCAUCAAGGCCGGCACCCGCGUCGAACCGACCUCGUCUUCGCUCCCAUCGACGCCCAAGAUUGGCGGUACGGCCCGACCCGCGCUCGGUCCCAGCGACUCUCCCGGUCUGGCGCAGCGCGCAGCAUCGUACGGCUACGCCGGCGACGGUUCGGGGCGGAUCAGAGCUGGUAGGAGGGAUGGCCAGCCUGCCGAGGCGACGGGAUUGGGCAUCAAGUCCUCUCCCCUCGCCGACAGUGCCGGCUCACCGCAGACAAGCACCCUCUGGCAGUCUAUGGAUGACAGGCUGACGCACAGCAGGGAUCCCACCGCAGUCAAUGGCACUGAGCGCUGGUCCAAUGAGGCCUACCACGCGCAGCAAAACCAGCAGCGAGCCGACUCGCCAGGUGGCAGCGUCCAGACGCCGCGGAGCAGCACGCGCAACUCGAACGAGAGCGCGCGCCAGCCCUACUCGCUGCGGUCCAGCCAUGCGCGCUACGGCACAUCGGGCGCCAGCCUGACCAGCGCCAAGAGCUUCGAGACGGCGGCCGAGAGCGCGGUCGUCACCGCAGCAGAGCCGAUGAAGCGCUUCUCGGCCGAUCACCAGCCGGAGCAGCGUUCGGCCGGCUGGAUGGCCGACGACGCCGACGAGACGAUCCAGCAGGCAUCCAGGCUCAGCCUGGAUGACCAGCCGGAGGAAAUCGUGGAGCCCGAGCAGUCGAUCCGACUGAUCACCAGCGCAGACGACGGCCUUGGCCUUGUUACGCAUUACGGCGACGAAGCCUCGACCCCGGUCGAUGCGAACGUCAUGACCAUAUCUCCGGAGUUGCACGACGACGGCGCGCGCUCGCCACAGCAAGCAUCCGCUAGCCCGCUUCGAUCGGGCCUAGAGACGAUCUCCGAGGCAUCUUACCCGCGAGGGCGGUCGUCACCCUCGCUAUCUCGCGGACUAUCGGUACGAGGCGAUCACCUGCCAUCUCGAGGGCCCAGCCCGAGCCUGUCGCUCCGAUCAAGGGAAGUCGCUUCUCCUUCGCCCAGCUACGCGCACACACCGCGAAUGGGCGGGGGCAGUGGCAGCGUCGACGUCCUCUCUCUCAACGACGAGGAAAUGUCCGCGAGCAACGGCGACUUGCGGGCGAGCGUCGACAACUCCGGCGCGGAGCUGGCCGCCAGGUGCUGGAACGAAGAUCCAACCUUCCUCAAGAAGGAAAAGAUUGCCGAGUGGCUCGGCGGCAUCGGCCUGGCCAACAAGGCGGCUCGGCGGGCGUACUUUGAACGCUUCGAGUUUGAGGGUCUGCGGAUUGACGUCGCCUUCCGACGUCUGUGCGACAAGCUCUUUCUGCGAGCCGAGACGCAGCAGAUCGACCGCAUCCUCCGCGCCUUCAGCGAACGGUACUUUGACUGCAACAAGGGCUCGGUGUUUGGCAGCGCGGACGAGGUACACAGCGUGGUCUUCUCCCUGCUGCUGCUCAACACCGACCUACACAUCGCCGACAUCCAGGACAGGAUGACCCGCACGCAGUUUGUCAGGAACACCAUGUCGGCCAUCGCCGAGUCUCGACAGAUGGACCUCGGCGCUUCUGGGACAGGCGGCGGCAGCGGCAACGACUCUCGCAGCAGCCUCAAUCUCGCCGCGUCGGAGAAGCACGAACCAUCUUCGAGCACCACCGGGCUCGGCUCGUUUGGCACGCGAGGCCGGAUCAACCGCAGUGCGAGCGUCCGCAGCAGGAUGAGUCCCAGCAUCCGUCAGCAUGACUUCAGCUCUGCCGGGUCCGAGGGCGCUGCAAGUCCACGCAUGUCGACGGCAACGCUGCCACCCGACAUUGUGGUAUCUGGCUCUUCUUCCAGAAGCGGCGACGUCGACUUGGAGCUGCUGCUGAGGGACAUCUACGCGGCGGUCAAGAACGAACGCAUCCUGCUGCCGGAAAACGGCGGUCUUUCCGCGCCGACCAGCCAGCCCAGCACCACCAGACGGCGUGGGCCCGGCGAGCGUGUCAAUGCUCUGAAGCGUGGCAGCAUCCGAGGCAUCCAGGGGCUUCUGGGCACAUCGAGCGCGAUGAGCAGCGACAACUCGCUCAGCACGUCGCCCGGAUCCAUGACGUCCCGGUCCGCCACGGACCCGUGGGGCGCUCUGACUGCCUCGGCAUCGUCCAGCAGCACGGGUCAGACGGCCCACUCGAACUCGGCGACCAUCGGUUUCGCCAGCACUCUGACGCAGACCAUCAUCCGAGAGGCACAGGACGAGGAUGCGCUGAGCAUCAGCUCGCUCGUAGACGAGCCCGAUGACGACGAGCUCGCGCUGAUGGGCCCGCCAUGGGCAAAGGAGGGUACCCUGACGCGGAAGCACUACUGGGAAGCACCCGGCAAGCGGGCCAGGGACAAGAGCUGGACCGAGGUGUUUGUCGUCAUCCAGAAGGGCAAGCUGAGCAUGUUCAGAUUUGGCGACACCACCGGGCGGUCGUCGAAGCAGCAGCAGCACAAUCAGCAACAACAACAGCAGCAGCAGCAGCAGCAGCAGCAGGCGGUCGGCGCCGCUCGCAAGGGCAGCGGCAACGGCGUCAUGGGCGGAGGCAACUGGCUCUCGAACGCGACAGCCCUUGGCGAAGUCAGCUUGGCGCACACGCUGGCCAACGUGCUGCCGCCGCCGGGAUACAACCGCGAGCGCCCGCACGUGUUUGCGCUGACGCUUCCGGGAGGCGCCGUCUUCUUCUUCCAGGCGGGCCACGAGGAGCUGGUGCAGGAGUGGGUGCAGACGUGCAACUACUGGGCGGCGCGGCAGAGCAAGGAGCCGCUGCCGGGCGCCGUCUCGAACAUGGAGUACGGCUGGAACAAGGUGCUGCCCUCGGAGGACUUUGAGGAGCUCGACGAGGCAGACGGCGGCGAUCUCGACGACGCCGCUUCGUUUACGCCGUCGACGUCCAACGCCGGCUCCGUGUCGACGGUGCCCGACGCCAGCAUCUACAGCGGCAGCAGCCUGGGGCUCGGCAAGGCGGCCGACAGCCGGAGCAUGCGGAGCGCGCGGUCCGGCCGUUCGUCGCGCGCCAGGGCCGGCGUGUCACUCUACCAGAACCUGCGCGACGCCGCGCUUCUCUACUCGCCCAGCAGCAACGGCGGCGGAGCAGGCGGCGGCAGCGGCUCGUCGUACACGAGCCCCGCGCCCUCGAUCCUCGGCAGCAGCAGCAGCGGCAACCUGCACCACGGCGGCGGCGGGCGCCUCGGCUUCGGAGGGGGCUCCGAGGGCCCGCACAAGAACGAGCGCAUCUUUAUAAACGAGUGGAAGGCGCCGGCAAUGCCGACGGUGGCGUCGACGCUCAAGGAGGAGGACCAGCUGGAGCGGUGCCUGGGCCACAUGCAGAUUCUCGAAAACGACCUGACGCUGCACAACGAGCUGCGGCAGCCGAUGCUGCAGCUCUACUCGCCGCGCGGGCCCAACCACGCAAAGGCGCUGUCCAACUGGGAGCGCAAGAGCAACCACCUGCUCCAGGAGCUCGUCAAGUACCAGUGCUACGUCGACUCGCUCAAGCACUCGGUCAAGCUGCGCGCCGACAUGCGCGGCAAGAAGGAAGUCGAGGGCAUGAUGCGCCGCGCCGACGAGGAAAUGGCCAAGCUCAGAGACGUGGGCCACGGCCUCGAGGACGUCCUGUGA